AUUUUUGUGAGUCUCAUUUGUUACACAAAAUCAUUUAUUACUUAAUUAUAAAGUUUCCUUGGACUGUAUUAUAAAGAAAACACUUGAUUCAAAAUUGUGAAUUUUAAAUUAAGAAAAUGAGUGGAUUAUUAAUAAGUAACAUUAAGACUGAAAUUACAAAUGUGAAAAUCGAACCGUCAGACGAGACCAAAAAGAACCCAAGUAUAACAAGCUGCAGUUUUCAAAAACAGAGCUACCUAGAAUUCGUCAAGCGUAUGCAGUUUAAAUGUUUUAGAAAACGUGAUCACCCAAAUGAGUCUUCUGCUACUUUGAACAACGAUACAACCCAGAAGAUGGUUAUAAAAACCGAUAGUAGCAUUGUUGUAAAAACUGAGAAUACAGUUGUAAAAACUGAGAAUACAGUUGUAAAAACUGAGAAUACAGUUGUAAAAACUGAGACUACUGUUGUAAAAACUGAGCACACAUCCCAAGUCUCUUCUGAUGAUGAAGUUGAAACCUCCUCAGAUGAACGCAAACGCAAACACCCGAGCAGACGGUUGGAGAAAGAGAGGUUUCUUUGCGAUGAAUCUGAGAGUAAAACAUUCAAUCGGCGACUGAAGAGACGCGGUCUCACUUGUAAUACAUUUAAAUGUGAAUAUCCAACCAUGCAACUGAAGGUAAAAGGAUGUGAUAUAGAAAAGCCUGGAAGGAAUCAGCUAAACAGGAAACCAAAAGUUGAACGACUGGAUAAUAACACAUAUGGACGAAAGCGUCAAAACAAGGGGCUUCACGGAGAGAGUAUUGAAUACGAGACGCCAGCUAAAAAACCACGACUCGUAAAUCGCAAGAAUCUAGUGGUGGCUGUCGUGAAACAUCUCGGCCUAUGUGUGACGAGGCGUAAGGGACGAAAGGGGAGUAACACACACAAGGAAGGACCACGACAACUAGGUACACCGACCUUGCUAGAUUUAGACGCGCCUAGUCGAUCGGACGAUAAGUCUGGUGGGAACAAAUCUUGCUUGAACUAUGAGCGGUUGCUCAGAGAAUUUGUUGUACAUAAAAAGGAAGAGGUAGAGACAGAAGGCCAAACAUUGUAUGAAAAGAGAGUUUGCGACCUACUGAGAGAUCCUGCUCUCAUUGACUUCUACAUCCCUCCAGCUCAAGUUGAAGUAAUAUUCCAACAAACGGCGUCAGAACGAACAGCAGAAGAGACCUUAAGGAAGAUCUGCGAGUUCAGAAAAUGGCCAGAACCAGUAGUAAACAUCAAGUGUUCAGGGAAAGUCGGAUUCUUCGCCUCAUGUACUGUGAAAACCUUGAGUAUUCGAACUAAAAAACCUGCUUCGAACGAAGACCUGGCGAGAGAAUUGGCCUUCGUGGCGUGGCUGGAAUGGCUAGGUCUUGACUUCCCAAACCUGGCGAGUGCAAGGGCAAACACUUAUUUCUAGUGAUUUUCUGUGGGAUAACAGUAGUCUACAAGUAGUACUGUAGUGAUGCUAUAACUAGGUCUGUAAGCAAAGACAUAAUUCCUUUAAGCUCAAAUUAAUCAUAUAAUAUUCCAUAAGUACGAAUAAUUCAAAAUUUUCAUACAUUUUCACUGUGAUUAGAGAGUAAGAGGAAACAGUUAGUUGUAUUUGUAAAUUAUGUUACUGUGUGAACCAGUCAGAUUGCCUAAAAUUCUUCGUGAAGUCACAUAAAUAAAUAAUUACUUCAGCAAGUUUGGACAAUAGGUUGACAUUGGUAACAGAUCAGGUAAAUAGAGCAUCAUUUCUAUCUUAGCUAGGAAUAUGUUUUUGUUUAACCACAAAGAAGUAUACAACUGAAGUUGGGGCAAUGUUGUAACUCCAUCGCUGUAACUUUAAACAAUUAAAAUUAAAGGUAUAUUUGAUUCAUUCAUUUAAAGCAUAAAACUGUAAUUUCAUUUAGAUAAUACUAAA